AGGAAUACAUCACCUGGUGGAACCAAAAUUGGGAAGCCAGGACCUGCUACCAUCAGAUAAUGGUUCUUCUAAAGACAAUGACAAUUCUUCCUCCCAAGUAGAUCAUGAUGAUGUUAGCAAUGAAGAUGUGGAAUCGAUUGAUUAUGAAGGGAUGGAGGCGACCGACAAUAAAAAGAUAAAGGAAACAAGAAUGGACCAAUCAGAUUGA